GCAAAGACUAGGUAUAUGGGACAGGCUACCACAUUUGCCUACAAAUUCAUUGAUGUUAAUUAGAAAUUAACACAUUCUAUGAGAUUUCAGAGGAAUUCUCUUUGAAUCAGUUGCUCAAGUACCAUGAUGGAGACUGAAUUGAGGAAAAAGAGAAGAAAAUUUGAAACAGAUUAGCAGCAUUCAUGGAUUGGCUGCUGUACUUGGAAGAUUUCCAAGAAAUAUGAGCUCUUAGGAGAAUAAUAAUAACAGUAAUAAUUAAAUAAAAUAGCACUAUUGUGAACUUUCAUCAAUUUGAUUAAAAUGGACCCCUGAAUUGGAGAUAACAAAAAGGAAGGGACCCAAAGCCUCAUUAAUUGAAAGAAAACAAUUAAAUUACGAUGUCCCAACAAGUACCAAACCCCAUAUAAAAUCCAAAGAUAUAUAAACGCUUCAAGCACGAAAAAACCUCUCCACUUCCCAAACCUCUCUACUCUGCAACGCAAAACAGACCCCAUAAACGAUCAUCAAAGAAGCUCGCACUAGCUAGCCAUGGCCUUGGUCAAGAUAGCCGUGGCUCUGCUAACAGUAAUGGCGUUGUUUCAGGCUAUAAAUGGAACUGUAUACAAGGUUGGAGAUGCUGGUGGUUGGACCUCCAUCGGCAAUCUUGAUUAUAAACAAUGGGCUGCUACUAAGACCUUCAAAGUUGGCGACGUUAUUGUUUUCAAGUAUAAUUCUCAAUUCCACAACGUUAUGCGAGUAACACACGCCAUGUACAAGGCCUGCAAUGCAUCAGCUCCAUUAGCCACUUAUACUACAGGUAAUGACUCAAUCACCAUCAAAAAUCGUGGCCACCAUUAUUUCUUCUGCGGUGUUCCCGGCCAUUGCCAAGGUGGUCAGAAGGUCGACAUUAAUGUACCUCGCAGUGAUGAAGAAUUGUCACCAACUCCUUCUGCUUCUGCUUCUGCUUCUGCUUCUACUUCUACGCCUACUUCUAGUUCUGCAGCCACCUCACCUCCAGUCCCGGCUGCAAAAGUUCCAGGCCCUUCCCCUAAUGGUGCCGUCUCUUUUAAGCUUUUGAACAGCCCUUUUGGCAGCCUUGCUUUGGCAAUGCCUCUUUUCAUUAUUUUUCUGUUCAACUAUGCUAAAGUAUAGGACUGCAGAUCGUCUUUGAUCGGUCAUUUUUGUUGAAAUUUUAAUUUGUGGGUCAGUUAGUAUGUUGUUGGUGUCAUACAUAUGAUACAUCAUUACAUGUUUUGAGAUUAAGAUUGCUACAAUAAUUAUAUUUAGAA